CCUCAGAGGCUGAAAGGCAAGGCAGGAUGGGUAGAAGGCAGGGCUUGGGAAGGACCCAGCCCCAGCUCCACCCUUCCCACUUCAGAGCCAUGGGGAGCCCAGGUCCUGGUGGGCCACCCCUGGUGCAAGCACCCUACACUGUCCUGCUGUUACCACUGGAGACAAGCCGCCAAGACCCAGGGGCCCAGAGCUUCUUCCUCUGGCUGCAGAUGAUGCAGGCUCUGGAGAGGGAACAGGAUGCUCUGUGGCACGGCCUGGAGCUGCUGGAGCAUGGCCAAGCCUGGUUUGCAGACCACCUAAGGGAGGCACAGCAACGACAGCUGCAUCUGGGAGCCCUUGGUGAGGAUUUCCUAAUGAGCUUAGACUCAGAGGCUGACUCCCCACAGCUAACCCAGAUUCAAAAGGUGAACGCUUGUUUGCGCAGGCUGCUUCAGAAGGAGUUGUCAAAGCAGCAUCAAGAAGUCACCCAGUCCAAGGGAGAGGAGGCUCAGCCAGGCUGGCCCAGGGGCAGAGGGCCUACCCGUGUGUGAGCCCUUCCCUCCCGACACUGCUCAAGUAGGAGCGGAGUUGGAGUCAGAAUGUCCCCCACAGUCCCACCCCUUAUUUCAUCCUGACCCAGCAGCCAGUGGCCCCAGGCUGUGGGUCAAUGAAAUCCAGACAGACAUGGUUUAAAGUGUACUGGAAACUCCUAAAAGAGUCCACCGCAUCUUGAUGUCCCUUACCUCACUGUACCCUGUACCAUGUGCAAACACCACCUUCCUUCAAUGUCUCUGGGGAGAAGGCACCAUGCCUGAAACCCCCUUCGGUUUAAGGUAAAACUAAGCUAAAGCAGCUGCCCUGGAAUUCAAAGAGAGGGCUGCACUUGCUGGCACCCCGCCCUGCCCCCCCCCUCCUGGAAUAAACUGCAGCUUUCUUUA